CAGUGCAGAAACAGUGAGCCCCAAAAAUGAAUCAUUUGUCGCCGCCGCCAUCGCCGCACUCGCAGCAGCCCAGUCCAGCAGGCUACUCCGGACCAGCCCUGGACAAGCAGUGGAUGCAACGGGCGUCCGCCUUCAACACUGUGAUUGCCUCGGCAGCAGCCCAGAAGCUGAACGGAAGAGAUCUGCCCUUUCUCUAUAACCCAUUGCUGUACUCCAGUGCCCUGUUGUGGCCGCAGUUCCUGCUGUCAUCCGCCACAGCCUUGGGGACACCUUUGACACCCAUGACUCCUAAGUCCCCUGCCUCCAUAGUGUUGGGUCAGCGUGAUCGGGACUACGCUCUGACCCCAGAGAAGGAGCAGGAAAUGCAGCACACAACCAACAUCAACAACAACAACAUCAACAACAACAGCAGCAACAGCAACAACAACAACUACAACAACAACAACAAGAAACAGAUGUUGGAGGAGCAGGACGAGGACAUGCCACUGAACCUGAGCACCAAGGAGCGGAGCAAGGCGGACCAGUCGGAGCAGGAGCACUACCACCGCCAUCUACACCACAACAGCAGCAGCAACAGCAGCAGGAGCAGCACCAGCGGUGGCAGCCUUAGCGAUUCGGAAGCAGUGCAUCCCAUGGGCGCCCUGAACGUCACACCGCCACCCCUGAGGGCGGUCAAUCUGAAGACUACGGGAACCCCGCAGCAGCAGAGACAGAGAUCGCAGGGAAACAUCAUCUGGUCGCCAGCCUCGAUGUGCGAGAGAUCCGCCAGAAGGGAGCAGCAGAGCGAGUACAACGAGGAAGAUGAGCCCCAGGUGGAUCCCAUUGUGAGGAAGUUCAAGUACGAGCGACGGUCGGCUGCCUCUGUCUCCUCCCUGCAGUCGCCGAUCUCCUCGCUAUCCGCACCCCAGGCCACCAAGGCUGUCCAGGACAUGGACUUCGAGGUGGCCCAACAGCAGCUGUACGCCCAUCGCAGCGCCUUCAUGGCCGGUCUCACGGGCAACAAUCUUGAGCUGCUCACCCAGCACCUAAAGUCCCAGCAGCAGCAGCAGCAGCAGCAACACAUCAAGGAUGAGGCAGCCAGCGAGCAGCAGGAUAACCAUUCGGCAGCGGCGCUUAUGGGCCUGGUGGCAGCCGCCGAAUUCGGUUAUAUGCGUAAUCAACACCAACAACAACAGCAGCAGCAGCCCCAUCAGCAGCAGCAGCAGCAGCAGCAACAGUUGCAACAUCAUCAGCAUCAGCAGCAGCAGCAGCAGCAACAUCCUGAUUCGACCGCCACAGAUGUUGCGCGCCGAUCCUCCUCCUCGUCCUCAUACCAGGGCGAGUGCGAGGAGAAGCGCAGCGGCAGGAAUUUCCAGUGCAAACAGUGUGGCAAGUCGUUCAAGCGUUCGUCCACCCUCUCGACACAUCUGCUCAUCCAUAGCGAUACCCGGCCAUAUCCCUGCCAGUACUGCGGCAAGCGGUUCCACCAGAAGUCCGACAUGAAGAAGCACACAUACAUCCACACAGGCGAGAAGCCGCACAAGUGCACGGUGUGCCUGAAAGCCUUCAGCCAGAGCUCGAACCUGAUCACGCACAUGCGUAAGCACACGGGCUACAAGCCUUUCGGCUGUGGCCUCUGCGAUCAGUCCUUCCAGCGGAAGGUGGACCUGCGGCGGCAUCGGGAGAGCCGCCACGAGGAGGCACCCGUCGAGGAUCUGAGGCCACCCACGCUGCUCAAAAUGGAGGUCAGCAGCAGCAGCUGUUGACAGGCAACAGCUCGUACUCGUAAGCCACCAGCAACCGAGCUCCCUCGGGGAUCGGAUCCCAGUAUUAGCUGAGCGCGUCCAAGAAGAAGGUGGAGGAAGCAGGAGGUGGCGGUGGCCCCGUCUAAGUCGCUGCUAGGAAGCCAAAGUUUGUUUUGUCUUGGCCUUCGCACAGAUGAACCACAAAAGAGAUCUAUUGUUAGGGGAUGU